AUGCAAUAUUCAUUUACCGCUCUUACACUCGCCGUCUUGGCAACGGCUAUCCACGCCUCCCCUAUUCAGUUGGAGACGAGAGAUAUAAUAGCAAUCGCCGAUCCUAACGCUGCAAAUACUACAAUGCCCGCUCCUCCGGCGCCCCCAGCCGGUGCUCCUGCUCCCCCCGCACCCGCUGAUGCAGCCAAUGUUACGAUGCCUGCACCCCCUGCUCCUCCAGCCGGUAGUCCAGCUCCUCCAGCACCAGCUGCAAAAGGCAAUGGCACAAUGCCAGCCCCGCCUGCUCCUCCUGCCGGCGGUCCAGCACCUCCAGCACCCGCUGCAAAAGGCAACGGCACAAUGCCAGCCCCGCCUGCUCCUCCUGCUGGUGGUCCAGCCCCACCCGCUGAUGCAGCCAACGCCACAAAGCCAGCUCCCCCCGCUCCCCCAGCUGGUGGUCCAGCCCCGCCAGCCCCUGGUAGCGCAACAAACACCACCACGUCCGCUCCCGAGGCCCGCGAUCUAACCUCCUUCUCUAUCACGGAUACCCCCCAAGCAAACAACACCAGUUCUGCCAAUGCCACCACCAUUACCGCCACUGUAACCGAUCCAACUACUAACACGACGGGUACCGUAUUCCCUGGAACCGCUGCAAAUUGCACUACAUUUUUCAUUGUCUCAAUGGGAGAUACAUGUGAUAUUGUUGAUGCGAAGAAUGGAAUCACGUUGGAUACUUUGAGAAAAUUGAACACCGAGAUUGAUGCUGGUUGUGCCAAUUUGAGUGUGGGACAGGCGCUUUGUGUUAAGACUUAG